AUGGGCGUCACAGUGUAUCUGGGCAGGCAGACACAGGUGGGCUCAAACCUCAAUGAAGUGUCCAGGACGAUUCAGCAGAUCGUGUGGUACCCAAACUACGACUCUAGAAUAAAAAAUAAUGACAUCGCUCUGAUAAGGUUGGACAAUCCUGUCAGCUUCACCAACUACAUCCAGCCCAUCUGUCUGGCCGACAACAACAGCUCCUUCCUCGAUGGCACCCGCUGCUGGGUAACUGGCUGGGGAGACACGGCUGAGGAUGGGAACCAGAUCCUACAGGAGGUGCAGGUGCCCAUCAUGGGGAACAGGCAGUGUGGGUGUCUGAACGACGUGGCCUUUGGCUCAGGCGGCAUCACAGCCAACAUGAUCUGUACUGGAGUGCUGGAAGGGGGCAAAGGCUUCUGCCAGGGCGAUACAGGGGGACCCCUGGUGUGUAAGCAGGGCUCUGCCUGGGUUCAGGCUGGUAUUGUAAGUUUCGGAGAGGGUUGUGCCCAGCCCAGUCUCCCAGGGGUGUACACCAGGGUGUCCCAGUACCAGGACUGGAUUAAUGAGCAGAGUGUGGAAAGGCACCACUCAGUACCAGGAUUGUGGGGGGUGACUCUGCCCCAGAGGGGUACUGGCCCUGGCAGGUACUCAGAUCUCAGUUACUGGAAGGUAUAUCUGGGCAGUCAGCAACAAGUGGGCCCUAACCCCUACAAAGUAUCAAGGAGGGUCAAAAGUAUCAUUAUGCACCCUGGAUUUAAUUACUACUAUUAUGCAGUUAACAAUGACAUCACCCUGGUGAGGCUGGUCAGCCCUGUGUCCUUCACCAGCCACAUCCAGCCCAUCUGUCUGGCCGACAGCAACAGCUCCUUCCACACUGGGACCAGCUGCUGGGUCGCAGGCUGGGGAUACACAGCUAAUGGUGUGUCUCUGUCGGGGAACCAGACGCUACAGGAGGUCCAGGUGCCCAUCAUUGGGAACAGGCAGUGUGGGUGUCUGACUAAUGAAGAUGCCAAUAACCCCAUCACCAUCACUGAAAACAUGAUCUGUGCUGGAGAGCUGGAUGGGGGCAAGGAUACCUGCUGGGGAGACACAGGAGGACCCCUGAUCUGUCAGCAGGACUCCUCCUGGGUUCAGGCAGAGUGUGGGCGGGCGCCUCUCAGUACCAGGAUCAUGCAGGGUGACGCUGCCCCAGAUGGGUACUGGCCCUGGCAAGUUAACCUGUAUUAUUAUGGACAACAUGUGUGUGGAGGGUCUCUGAUCAACCACCAGUGGGCGCUGACAGCUGCACACUGCAUCUACAGCUACAGUGGUAUCAGUUUCUACCGAGUGUAUCUGGGCAGGUUGACACAGGUGGCCUCUAACCCACAUGAAGUGUCUAGAAGGGUCAGCCAGAUCAUCAUACACCCUAACUUUGAUUCUUGGAGUCUGAACAACGACAUCGCCCUGCUGAAGCUGAGCAGCCCUGUCAACUUCACCAGCUACAUCCAGCCCAUCUGUCUGGCUGACAACAGCAGCUCCUUCCACACUGGGACCAGCUGCUGGGUUGCGGGCUGGGGAAACACAGAUGAACAAAGUGAGUAUGGUCUCAGUCAAGUGACAGUGUAUCUGGGCCGGCAGAGACAGGUGGGCUCUAACCCCCACGAAGUGUCCAGGAAGGUGUCACAGUUCAUUUUGCACCCUGAAUCUUACUAUUCGAAUUUGGAGAACAACAUCGCUCUGGUGAAACUGAGCAGCCCCGUCACCUUCACUGCUUACAUCCAGCCCAUCUGUCUGGCAGAAAACAGCAGCUCCUUCUUCACUGGGACCAGCUGCUGGGUCGCAGGCUGGGGAUACACUGGCGGAAACUCACCUCUGUCUGGGAACCAGACCCUCCAGGAGGUCCAGCUGCCUAUCAUUGGGAACGGAGAGUGUGGCUGUGCCAGCAGCCUGACCUAUGGAAGGAACGUUGUCACUGACCGCAUGAUCUGUGCUGGAGUGCUUGGAGACUGGAAGGGCCCCUGCUAUGGAGAUUCAGGGGGUCCACUGGUCUGUAAGCAGGGCUCUGCCUGGGUACAAGCUGGUAUUGUGAGCUAUGAAUGUUACCAGUCCAGUUUUCCCUGGAUUUACACCAGAGUCUCCUGGUUCCAGGAGUGGAUUAAUGGAGUGGUGGGGUCGGCUUCUUCUCCAGGUUAUGUGACCUUCACAUCCAGUGGCACAGACUCUGACAAUUAUAACUGUAGUCUGUUCUCUACAACGACACCUCCACCAACUAAUACACUGCCAACUACCUUAACACCUUUUGUCUGUGGUCAGGCGCCCCUCAGUCCCAGGAUCGUUGGGGGUGAGUCAGCGCAGGCGGGGUACUGGCCCUGGCAGGCCAGCCUGCACUGGAAUGGGACCCACACUUGUGGGGGGACUCUGAUCAACAUUGAGUGGGUGCUGUCAGCUGCUCACUGCUUUGGAAGCCCUGUGGUUGCGAGUCAGUGGAAAGUGUACCUGGGGCGGCUGACACAGACGGGUCCCAACAUCCACGAAGUGUCCAGGGGGCUCCAGCAAAUCAUCGUGCAUCCAGACUAUGACUCUUCAACCAACAACAAUGACAUCGCCCUGCUGAGACUGAGCAGCUCCGUCUCCUUCAACAACUACAUCCAGCCCAUUUGUCUGGCUGACAGAAGCAGCUCCUUCUUCACUGGGACCAGCUGCUGGGUCACUGGCUGGGGAGACACAGCUGAAGGUGGAUCUCUGUUGGGGAACCAGACCCUGCAGGAGGUCCAGCUGCCCAUCAUGGGGAACAGGCAGUGUGGGUGUCUGAACGACAUGGCCUUUGGCUCAGGCAGCAUCACAGCCAACAUGAUCUGUGCUGGAGAGCUGCAUGGGGGCAAAGACUCCUGCCAGGGAGACUCAGGGGGUCCCCUGGUCUGCAAGCAGGGCUCUGCCUGGGUUCAGGCUGGUGUUGUGAGUUUCGGAAGGGGCUGUGCCCGUCCCAGUCUCCCAGGGGUGUACACCAGGGUGUCCCAGUACAAGGACUGGAUUAACGGACAAGUGGGGUCGGGAGUCACAGGCUUUGUGACCUUCACAUCCAGUGGCACAGACGCUGAUAGCAGCUUUACCUGUGGUCCUGAUCCUACAGUUACUACAAGAGCACCACUGACCACUACUGUCGCUCCAUCAAUCACUUACCCGACCCCUGCGCCAGCCCCCAUAGCACCAGGAGAGUGUGGGAGACCGCCCCUCAGUCCCAGGAUUGUAGGGGGUGACUCUGCCCCAGAGGGGUACUGGCCCUGGCAGGUCAGCAUACAUUACUAUGGGCAACACAGGUGUGGAGGAUCUCUGAUCAACCACCAGUGGGUCCUGACGUCUGCCAGCUGUAUCUAUUGGUACUGGUCCUGGUACUACAGUCUUGCCGAGUGGCAGGUGUAUCUCGGCAGGCAGCAACAAGUGGGCUCUAACCCCUAUGAAGUGUCUAGGAGGAUCCAGUCGAUCAUUAUACACCCUGGAUUUUAUUAUUACAGUUCCAGGCAAGACAAUGACAUCGCCCUCGUGAUGCUGGGCAGCCCUGUCAACUUCACCAGCUACAUCCAGCCCAUCUGUCUGGCCGACAACAGCAGCUCCUUCCACACUGGGACCAGCUGCUGGGUCGCAGGCUGGGGAUACACAGCUAAUAGCGUGUCUCUGUCGGGGAACCAGACGCUACAGGAGGUCCAGGUGCCCAUCAUUGGGAACAGGCAGUGUGGGUGUCUGACUACUGAAGAUGCCAAUAACCCCAUCACCAUCACUGAAAACAUGAUCUGUGCUGGAGAGAUGGAUGGGGGCAAGGAUACCUGCUGGGGAGACACAGGAGGACCCCUGAUCUGUAAGCAGGACUCCUCCUGGGUUCAGGCUGGUGUUGUGAGCUCUAGGCAGGGUUGUGCUCGUUCCAGUCUCCCGGAUGUGUACACCAGAGUGUCCCAGUACAAGGACUGGAUUAACACUCAGGUUGCGUCCGCCACUCCAGGUUUUGUGACCUUCAGCUCCAAUGGCACAGACCCUGACAGCGGUUUUAACUGUAGCUCUCUUAGUGUUACUGCUGUAGCACCGAGCGGUAGGUGA